CCCAGGAGCUUCAACUCAGUUAACUUGAACUUCAACAAUAUCAAACACAAGUCUAGAACUGAGGGCAAAUGGAUUAAACCGACGUAAUUUACAUCCAGGGCUCUGAAUAAUAAAUGUGUAAUUUUGUUCCUCUAUAUUACUUUCAAGACCUAAGUGCUCAAGCUUAAGGUCCUAGCUACCCCCGGCACCUCAGCUUAGCCACUCACCUAAGUAUACUUAUUACUCAUAUUCAUACUCGCAUCCGCAUAUACCUUACACCUACACACAAUACGCACAGACGUACAUAAUGCCUAAGAUGCCCAAGCUCUACUCGCCCUACGGCCCGCGGCCGAAGCGCUCAGCCCAGCUCAUCGCUAUCUGGAUGGCGAUCCUGGUGUUUGCGCUGAUCGUGACGUUUUACCUUACGAGUCGGGAGCGCGGGGCGACGGCUUCUUCGUCUUAUGCGGGUAUGAGGCUGGCGGAUGAGGUGGGUAAGGAGAAGGAUGGGAUUAGGGGACGGAGGUGGGCGAAGGUGGUGCCGUGAUUGGGGCAUGGGCUGGGCGUGUUAAAUCUCUGGUGGUGUUUUCUUUCUAUUGUGUAAGUUAAGAUGUUUAUAAGGGGGGUUUGGGAUUGGGAUAUGCUUCAAUGGGAGAGCUAGGUAUAAAAGAUUUUGGGUAUGAAUUUUGAGCUGUGCUCAGUGGCAGAAGAACCUAACAGCAUCGGGUUCGCUCAGAUAGGAAAAUUAUUAAGGAGGAAAAGAAGACGAGGGAUAAAAUAAUUAAUAAUGUCAAGAUAACUUGAGGGAUUAGCUGCUCCAUGAUUGAAGAUAUUGAGAAAGUAUUGGGAUAGAACAUGCGAUAGCUUCAAUGAUCCAACCAGCUGCGAAUUUUCACA